CCCCCACUUUUUUCCCUUUAAGAGAUUUAUUAGUUUUACUGGAAGAUUUCAACAAUAGAAUCAAGUUUUCUUCCCUCCCCUUCUGCAAUAGGAAAUGCGUAUUUCUGUUCACUUUCCCUAUGAUUAAUUUUCGUUUUCAUUCAAGUUGCGCUUUCAUUCAAGAGGCUAAAAUCAUGUAAGUUAAUUAUUUUUCCUGGAAGAACUUUUAUAUACAUACUGGUUAAAAUGAAGAAGAUAAUUCUGAACUGAAGUUUGAAUAAUACUUAUGGAAAGAAACCUUAAUGUAUUGCCAAACUAAACGAUGUCCUGUUGUACAAGAAGAACUAUGCAUCCGGCUUCAGAAAGGAGUUUUAUGCUUGUGAUACCAUAUGUAAAAAUGCAUGGUACAGUUUCUUGAAAGUAACAGCCAAAUAAUUUUGGGAAAAUUAUGAAUUAUACAAUAUUUGAUAACUAUCCACCUAAGCUUUUAGACUUUGCUGUGACAUUUUUUCUCCUGUUUGCCGUACUGGGAGUUACUGGCAACUGCAUAACCAUCGGAGCGCUAUGCAAGUCUAAGAAACUGAGGAAUGCCACCACAGCUUUCAUUGUUAACCUUUGCGUAUCAGAUAUAUUACUAAGUGGAUUUUCUAUGCCAAUGUCCGCAGUAACGUUUCUUGAAAGGGGGUGGAACUACGGUGAAACUCUAUGCAAGAUGUUUCCUCUUGUUCGUUAUUCUAAUGGAGCCGUUUCAGUCUUCACGAUCAUUGCCAUUACCCUAAAUAGGUAUAUUCUAAUAGUACAUCCAAGAAUUUAUAAUCGUGUAUACAGUACCCGUAACAUGGCUAUAAUAAUCAUAAUGAUUUGGAUUGCUUCACUUUUUUUAUUGCUAUUUCCUCUCAUAGAAGUAUGGGGAAAACUAGGAUAUGAUCCUCGGGUAGGAACUUGCACUAUCUUAAUAGUGAAUGGAAAGUCACCAAAAAUAACCUUUUAUGUUGCAGCCUUUUCUAUACCAUCUCUCGUUAUUAUUGUUUGCUACACAAGGAUUUAUCAUGUCGUACAUAAAGCAUCUAAACACUCUAGAAAUACUAUUGAAAUGAAUACUGAAUGCAGAAAAUCAGAAAACAGAACAAGUCAUAUUAUGCAGUAUUACGAUACAUUAAAAAAUCGUUUCGUUUUCUUCUACAAUCAAGAGAAAAAGGAAUUGAAAGUCCUGAAGAUAAUGCUUGUUUUAUUCUUCACAUUUAUUGUGUGUUAUUUACCUGUAUCUUUUGUGAAAAUUUUCAGGAAAGAAGACGCAUUUCCUUAUUUGAAUGUUUUCGGGUAUCUAGGCGUUUUCUUCUCAAGUAUCAUCAAUCCUGUUAUUUAUGCAGCAUUUAGUGAGGAAUAUAAGGCAGCUUACAAAGAUCUUUUUUGUUACAGGAGAAUUGACAUUUAAAGUAUACUGUAUAUUUUAUCAGCUAGUUUCUAUGAGGGAAUAAUGAAUGGUAAUAUUGUAUAAAUUAUAAGAAGAAAACUUAAAACAGUGCAACUAUUUACGACAACAAUAUUUGUUAACAGUGCAGUUAGCUAUCUACAGAGGUAAUUUUAAAACUAUAUAUUUUGACAUUAAUGUAUUUGAAUCAUUUCCUUAGCAUCUCAAGUGUAAUUCCGUUUUUACUUCCCUUGAAUGUAUUAUAUAUUAUAAUGCAAUUAUAUAUUCCUGAUCUAUAGAAUCUGUGUAAAAUUUUAAACUCAGCAAACUUUACACAAUGACGUUGUAAUGCGCAUCAUAUAAGAAAUACAUUUAACAAUAUUUUGUACAAUUCAAUCAUGAAAUUUGACCACCAAGUUUCGAAUUUUAACAAGAUCCAAAGACAGAAAUCUGGGUCCAAAAUUUUAAUUCCUAAAAGCUAUAAUACUGAAACUCAUCCAACUCUGAAGUAAGAUCCUUUCACAACAGUGCACUACUGCAGCAGCUACUUUAGAGGUCCUUCAGAUACUUAUAAUAUCAAUUCCCGAGAUACUCUUCAGAUUAACUAGUAUUGCGUUUUUAAACUAUUUCAUGUUGAAAUUAAUUACAAUUAAAAUAAGGUUUUAUAGAGUAAGCUUUUAUUUAAAAUGGAUAUGAUAAUUAAAGUACUAAAAUAGAAAAGUGAUUUAUAGUACAGUUUAAUGGGAAAAAUAGAUUAAAUCAUUCCAUUUGCAGAAUUUAUCUACAAAUUUAUAUCGCAAAUAAUAUAAGCGUGAGGUACCAUAUUAAAUUUUAAAAAAUUGACAGGAGACUGUCUGUUCCAUUUGUUGCAAAUGGCCGCUGAGUUUAGAUGCGUAGGACUAGUUUCUAAUAUUUUUAAAUUUUGUGUACACAACUGAUGAGUUUUCUUCACUAGACAGACACCGUUGAAGAAUAUCUACAUUAUAAUAAUUUAAAGGUGUACUCAAAUUUGACAAUUUAUUAUUGGCAGCAGUAGAAGAAGUUGUAGCACCUUGAUUCACGUAUAAGGUAUUUCCUCCCCCCUUCUUGGCAUGCCUUCGUGGUGUGGUGGUCUGCACGCUGGGCGCUUAUUCCAGAAGCCCGUGGUUCGAUUCCCGGCGAAGGCGUUGCAUAUCUUGCCUGGUUUCAAGAAAUACCUAAUACCUAAUUUUGGUAAGUACUUAUGCACUCUAAAACCAAAGCCAUAGAGAUAACUCAUGUAUGGACCGUGUACUGUAAGAAAAUGUAUCAGUUCUGGUACUCCGCUAUUCAACUUCGUACUUAUUUUUGGUAAGUACUUAUGCACUCUGUGUCCAGUGUUGAUCUCAUUCUAAAUUACGUUGUUAUUGUGUCAUUGUAUAUUUUAGUAUUUGCCUUUAUAUGAGAGCAUGGAAGCUUUAUUUCUCUUAUAGCUGUUGCUCUUUCGUUGCAGAUUAUUAUCUGUAUGAACUCAUUAGAUUUUCGGUUUAGUGUAUUCUGGAACUGAAAGCAAAAUUUUUUGAAUGCCUUUUACAAUUGCAUUUUUGUAGAGCUUUAUUUGAAUAGCCAUCGAACUUGAGGGUGAAUGAAUGUAAAUUGCUGCAGUCUAAUCUAAUUUGAUACUGUGCUGUAUUGCAGCUCUCAGGGCAAAAGUAUCGGCUUGGAAAAUAAGUUUCAGCGGCUCAGUUUCCACGCUUAAGUAUGAACCGUGAUGUUUUCAUGCAGCUCACAGUAUCCACUAUCCGCGCUGUGCUUUUAGGCAGUGCUAUAGCGUUUAUCAAAUCCUAAUUUAGCAUUCAAAAAACGCAAAAGAAUAAGCGUUAAAGAAAUUAGUUACGCGGAAAGAAAGUUACGUUAAAAAAAACGGCUAAACGGGUAUUUGCAAGAUCUAAUUUCGGAUGUUAAACUGAAACUUUCUCUUUAAUUAGAAUCUUCUCAACUGUUUUGUAGUUUUAUUUCCCGCAAUUGAAGAAAACGGUUCAUUUUUUCGAGACACUAGCAAUACUGUACCUGAAACUUUGCUCAUGUUAUACCGAUUUAUGCUGCUUAUGAUUAGUUUCUUUACACCAUUUUCAGUAUUCUUCAACAUGUGGUCAUAGGUUUGGCCUGUAACUGAGUAAAACGACCGAGGAAUUGCUUCAUCACGCCUUCGCUGGAUUUACAUUUGCAAUAUUACCACAAGUGAUAGAUAACGGCAAGCACGAACAUCUAUUACAUACACUGCGGAAAAAAAGAGGGGAUAGUUUUGUAGCUCAAGUUCUACUAAGUCGAUUGACGAAGCUCAACUUGUGUUUUUCAUGUCUCGAAAGCGCAACUCAGAAUAUGUAUUAGAAUUAUAUACAGCAUUGUUCUGAUAUAGGUAUUUUGACACAAAAUCGGACUUUUUCUGAAAUGAAAGGGGAAUUGUUUUCUAUGUUUCGUUUCUACGACUCAAAUUAUGCCAAACUCCCAAGUUUUAUAAAAUUCGCAUUAGUAGUUUUUAAAAAAUUAUCUCUCAAAAUUUUAGCCCCUCAAUGUUAAUUGAAUUUGA